UGUUUGUCAGCACGUAAGUGCUGGCAACUGUCCGACUCGCAACCUGUAAUGCAUGGGAAGGUCCAUUCCCCUCAGUAUCCCCGGCCUUACCUUCCCAACCUGCAAAAGGAAUGGGACCUCUCGGUUCCUGAGGGUUACCAGAUCCAGCUGUCCCUAACACAUCUGGAUAUUAAAGCUUCUGUGGGCUGCUAUCAAGACUCACUGACGGUUCUCUAUGAUCAAAAGGUCUUGGGGAAGCUUUGUGGUCAGGAAAACUCAACUGAUUACUCUGGCAUAGAACCAAUCUUUUCUCAAGGCAACAGACUGACUCUCAUAUUCCAAACAAGUGAUUCGACUGCGGAGCACAUUGGUUUCUCUGCUAUCUACAAGGCAAUAGAUGUGGAUGAGUGUUCAAAACCAGACCCUGGAGAUGGCUCAGGUCCACUCUGCUCUCAGAUCUGCAUCAACACCCCUGGUUCUUACCACUGCUCCUGCCGCUAUGGUUACAAACUCCAUUUAGACCAGUACACAUGUUUGUUAUCCUGUGGUGGUUGUAUAUUUGACAAGGAUGAGGGACAUCUGUCCAGUCCAGGAUACCCUGGCCCCUCACCUCCUUUUCUGUCCUGCAAGUACAUCAUCUCUGUGGAGCCCACAUUCAUUAUCACACUAAACUUCACUGACAACUUCCACAUUGACAGCGUGGACACUCAGCAAGGUCCCAGCUGUCAACAUCACUGGCUGCAGGUGACCAUUCCAGGCAGAGAGCCCAUGAAGCUGUGUGGUGAAAAGAGUCCAGGUCUGAUAGCUACAAAAUCCAGUACUGUCAGACUGGACUACCAUACGGAUGAUAAAGGCCUGAGUCACGGCUGGAGCCUGGACUACAGCACAUAUGAGGUCAAAUGUCCAUUUCCGGGUCAUGUCACUAAAGGCAGAGUGACUCCUGUCUUAACUGAAUAUUUCUUCAGAGAUUAUAUCUAUGUGACCUGUAAGCAAGGAUACAGGCUGAUGAUGAAUGGUCAAGAGAUCAGGAAGUUCUCAGCUAUGUGUCAAAGCAACCGACAGUGGCACCUUCCUCUGCCAGAGUGCCAGAUAAUUGAUUGUGGGGAACCCAAACCUUUGCUGAAUGGAGGGGUGACCUUCCUGUCUGGAUUUCAGAAUCAGUACCGUUCUGUUGUUCAGUAUCACUGCAAUGAACCAUUUUACGCUCUCCCUGCAGCUGUGAAUGUUAGUUUUACCUGUGAAGCAGAUGGAAAGUGGAAAUUCAAACACAGCGAUGUUAUUCCAACAUGUAUACCAGUCUGUGGCAAGCCUACAAAACUCAUCUCUACCUAUCAGAGGACCAUCGGAGGCAGUGAUGGUCCAGACAAUACCAUCCCCUGGCAUGUGCUACUGAAUAUAGACGGAAGAACAGGAGGAGGCAUGGUGAUUGAAGAGCGCUGGAUUAUGACAGCAGCUCAUAUUCUAAUACAGGAUGGAAAUCCAGCUUCAAAUGAGACUGUACGGAUUUACAUGGGACUUAUUGACGUUAAAAGCUUAUUGGGCUCUCGUGCGUAUGCUGCCUCAAUCCACAUUCACCCUGAAUACAACAACCCGAAUGGCUUAGACUUCAACAAUGACAUUGCCUUGAUCAAACUGCGAGACCCAAUCACAUUUAACUCAUCCAUUAUGCCAGUUUGUUUGCCAGCAGAGGGAGCCACAUAUGUCACUGACAUGAUAGGACUGGUGUCAGGCUUUAUUACAGAAACCGACAACCAACAGAUUUUAGCAAAUCAUUUGAAAUACGUGCACCUCCUUGUGGUGGAGCAGGAGACAUGCAAUAGUUCAGUCAAUAAGCUGAAGAAGACAAGGGGCGACUUACCGAGUCUGACAAAAAACAUGUUUUGUGCUGGAGUCCCUGGUGGUGGGAAGGACUCCUGCCACGGUGACAGUGGAAGCCCCAUCACUCUGAGGAAUGAUGGGCGAUUCUGGGCUGCUGGGAUUGUCAGCUGGGGGGUUGACUGUGGACAGCCGGGAACAUAUGGAAUCUAUACCAGAGUUGCCAACUACCUGAACUGGAUCAACAAGACUAUGCAGGAGAACUGAAUAAAACCAGAGACAAAUAUAGCCAAAUAAAAACAAAUGAAGAACAACUUUACUUAUACAGUCCUUCCUUAUUCAACUAACAAUAAAAUGAUAGAGGUGACGUACCUUGUCCGGG